UCUAUCUUUCUGUCUGUCUAUCUGUAUAUCUAUCGUUUUAUUUAGUAAGGCAUGAGUGGUUUUGGCUAAGGCAAUGCAGUGGGGUUCACUUGAUGGCGUGCAUGGGGGUCCAGUGUGGCGCACCUCUCGCACACGUGAUGUACUCCAGCACAAUCUUGUCAGUGCCACAAGGGUACAUGUAGCAAGCAUGGCAACACUCUGUGAGAAAGGUGAAGAAGGUCAGUUUUAUGCAAGCGGGUACGAGAGGCCAUUUUCCUUGACAGCAGGUUACAACACAAGACACCCAAUUAAAAGUACAAGGGAAAGGAAAAAAUCGUGGUGGAGAGAGCAAACAUAAAGAAAGUGAACUCGCAAGGCACAAGGGAGGGACGAGAUGAAGACGCAAAGAGGUCUACAGAGUAUGAGAUCAAAAGAAAACAAAUAUAAAAGUGAUUAAUCCUGCCUAGCCAAUGACCACUCAUCGCUUUGAUCUUCACCAAGUCUCCCCGUCAUCAUUCCUGGCCGCGCCUCCCCUCCCUCGCGGCCCGGGGGUUGGUGUGGUCCGAGGAGGGAAAGAGAGGGAGGGUGAAGAGGGAGGGUUGUAAGAGCCACGAGAGCACCGCCCCUUUGCUCCCUCCCUAGAAAAGAGAGUUUGGCGGAUCCUUCAAGCUCAGUGUCAGUUUGCAGGGUCUGGGUAGCGGGCGGCUGUGACUGUCACGCGGCGCGGAGCCAACACUUACAUCGCUCGCCAUCCUUACGAGAAAAGCGAGGAAAUAUUAAUACUCGUAUACCGAAGUGUUUCGUGACACUAACACCGCCACCACCACCACCACCACUACCACCAAGUCAAUUUUAAAGGUGUUUGGAGCGUGGUAGGGUGUCUCCCUGGCGUCAGCUGCCAUGGGGCUGGCGAUGACGACAACUUGGAGGGCAGUGUUGGUUUCCAAGGCAAUGCUGCUGCUGCUACUGUCUCUUCUUACUGCAGCGCUUCACGCCACGCACCCUCCAUCUAGUCAGCUCACACACACACAUCACCUCGACACAGACAGCCUCUCGACUACUCCCUCUGCCGCCGGUUAUCUCGCCCCAACCAAUGGCACCGCCCGCCUAGCAGCCCACAGCCACGCCGCACCCCACCUGCCAAUGCACGACACGACUAGCGACGUGAUGAAGGUGCCUCCCGCCCUAAGACGCAGAAGUUCUACCUCAGGAGGGAAAACAAUGAGGAAAGACAAGAGACAGACAGACUUUCUCCCAACCUCCACAUAUCCAAGAUUGGUCAGAUCAAGGAAAAGGAAAAAAAGAAGACAACACAAGAGAAGAAAAGAAAGGUUGAGAAACUUAAGGCGGAAGGGCAGAAACUUUAGAAAGCGUAGAAGGCGAGUAAGGCAAGACGAGAAGGCGAAAAAUGGUUCUGUUCUGUCUGCUUCUACAUUACUGGAUACUUGGGCAGUGCCCCUGGCCUCCUCGCUGCCUCACAACAACGCCCACCUGGUGGAGCUCUUGACGGGAGGCAACAAACAGUUUCUGGUACUGCCACGCCUAGGUACGCCCAGGAACUUCACAAAUACAAAAGAAACGACCCAGAGUUUCAGAAGACGCCCACUAACCAAACAACUAGUUUUCCUACCUUUCCAAGUCGUGAGUGGGGGAGGCCUGAAGUGGCUGCCGUACAACCCAAACAUUAGGGUUAGUAUUCAAGUGGAUGGGAUGCAGCACCGUGACCAUGCCGAUCCCACCCAUCUGCCACUUUCUCCAACUCAAGAGCAAAGAGAGCAACACUUGACAACUGUGAGCAGUAACACGGACUCCGCAUUCAGUUCAGAGACGGACGAAAUCAAAGACAGACCCCUUAGGAACCAAAGCAGGACUGAUGUGACCCGCGGAAUAAACACCUUCCACAAGGCAGGUGCUGGUGAUAAAAUUCAGAAACAAGACAACACACACGAAAAAGAGCCACCAAAGAGUACCAAUACUUCUGAAGACGGCAAGACAAGCCGAGGAAUAACGUAUAAAAAAACGAGGAGGAGAGAUAACACUAAGAAGCACAACAGCACGGCGAGGGAAAGUGGCCAGGGAACAAAGGCAGAGCAACAUGUUAAUGGCAGCACAUCCAAAGAACACAAGAACGUUACCAGGAGUAAUGGAAGGCAGCGCGCCAUGAGCUCUACCGACAUGGUGGUGUGGCUUGCUGACACCCUUGAGGGAAUUCUCAGGAGUGGAGAGGACGCCCAACACGGACUUGGCACUUCUGGCAAAGAUGAUGAUGCCUGUGAUUCUUGGUCAUCAUGUCGAGUAGAGAAGGCACUGCAGGAACUGGCUAAUAUUGCCGCCCUUCCAUCCUGCCCAUGUGUGUACCCAGCCGAGCUUCCCUACCAGCCUCGUAUUUACGACAGAACUCAUGAGAUCAGCUUCAAGUAG